GGCACCACAGGAAGUCAGUUCUGGUUCCUGGGUUAAGCUGCUCGGGCAGGAGCGAGCGCCUUGUGCCGGGAGCGGUCGUGGGCUCCGUGAGGCGCUCCGUUUCCUGUUCCCAAGAUGAUGCUAGUGUAAUUUACAAAUUACUUCCACUGAAGAAACUGUUUUGAAAGCAGAAAAAUGUAGUGAAGUACUUGCUUCUGGAUGGCAUCUAGUUGCCCAUAUGAACGUAUGAGAGGUCUAUUAAAUUGACCAUCUUUUCAGUGAUGAAACAGCAUUGGAAAUUAUGGACAAAAACAUUGGAGAGCAACUUAACAAAGCUUAUGAAGCCUAUCGACAAGCAUGCAUGGAUAGGGACCAUGCUGUUAAAGAACUACAUCAAAAAACAGAAAACUACAUGCAGCAAAUACGUGAACAGCAGGAAAAGAUAGAGCUUCAAAACAGCAUUAUUGCAAAACUGAAAUCACAGUUAGCUGCUCUGAAUGCUAAUGGAGGUAAUGCACAUCCCUAUGUUCUGAUGCAUGAAGACACUGAAACCUCCAAUUUACCUUUCAGACAGCUCUCUGAAAAACUGAAUGUGGCAAAGCAAAGAGAAAAGCUCUUAAAGGAACAAUUAGAAAGUGAGAGCAUGAAACUGAAGCAACUUGAGGACAAAAACAAUCAAAAGGAAAGGAAGCUUAUAUCUAUUAUUUCCAACCAAGAAGAUAAAAUAAAAACUCUGAAAAGCAAACUGAAAGAACUAAAUGAAGCACAAAGGGGUGUACAGAUGCCAACAUAUAAAAGGGAGGUGAAAAGUAAGAAAGUCAUUCCAGCUAAGCCUGAAUUAUCUCUAGGAAUGGCUGGCAUUCCACCCCUACCUGAAAGAGAGAAUCUGGAGACUAUUUUCCAUGACAUGGAAGAAGAGUGUCAUCGAAUAUGUAUGCUAGCCAGAGACCAAACAGACCAACUGAGUAAAUUUAAGAUAAAGCCAGAACCUGAAACUGAAAUACCAUUUUCCAUGCCGAUACAGUGUACUGAUAAAACUGAUGAACAAGCAGAAGAGCUUUUUAAGCCUCGGGUUAUAAAGGAUAUAAAUAGAGGUGCAUCAUGCAUCACAUCUAUCACACCAAGAGGAGUGGGCCAAGAUGAGGACAACAACUCUGUAGAAUCACUUUCUAAAUUUAAUGUCAAGUUUCCACCUACAGUCAAUGACUCUGCUUUCUUGCAGAGCACUCGGGAAAAACCAACAGUUCCUUGUACUGGUGUAGCUGAAAACAUGCUUCAAGAUCAUCAUUUUAACCUGGAGCAUAGAGACCGUGCUGUUAACCUCAGUAAACUGGAACCUAACUCAUUUGAAGCUCAUGGAGUUGAUCUCAUGACCUCAGCUUUACAAAACUUCACUGUUGACAAAAUAAAGCCCCCAAAUCAUGUAAAGAUGCCCAUAGAAAAUAUCCAUGACAAAAUAUGUUUAAAAACAACAGACACUGGUUUCACAUUUGUACCUAAGCACACAAACCAGGGUGCACCUGAAGUAAUUUUUUCUUCUUUAGAAGCUGCUGGGACAACCAUCAGAGGUCCUCAUCAGCUCAUUUGGCAGCCUCAAGACAAUAAUUUGCUGGCACAAGCUUACACAGACUCUGAACUGAAUCAGUCCAAAAUAUGUGAAUUCUGUCGAGAAGUUUUCCCACCAUCCGUAACAUCUAAGGAAGAUUUUCUUCGGCAUCUGAAUUCCCACUUUAAAGUACAGUCUUAAUGUAUGAGAAUUCAGUGGAUCCCUAGUUUUGCAUACAUUUGAUUUCUUUACUCGAUGGAUAUGCCAAGAAUUCAAGAAUUAAGACUUCUUGCAACAAGAACUUAUGACUGGAAAUGUCAGAUAAGCACAUUUUAAAUUGUUCUUUGACAAGGUAAAAUGAAACUGUAAGCCUUUCAGUACUGUAAUUCAUGUUACUGCUUGUUAUGCUUCAAUAUUACCUUUGAAAGUGAUGUUAAACACCUUUCCUUCUUU